AUGCCGAAGAGAAGAGACAUCCUGGCUAUCGUGCUGAUAGUUCUGCCUUGGACGCUGUUAAUCACCGUCUGGCACCAGAGCACCAUUGCUCCGCUGCUUGCAGUGCACAAGGAUGAUGGUGGCGACUCCAGGCGUGAUCUGGCCCAAGGCUCGGACUCCAAGGAGUACUGCCUGUCAGACCGCGACAUUGUGGAGGUGGUGAGGACAGAGUACGUUUACACCCGCCCACCCCCAUGGUCGGACACCCUCCCCACCAUCCACGUCAUCACCCCCACCUACAGUCGGCCGGUGCAAAAGGCGGAACUGACGCGUCUGGCCAACACCCUCUUGCAUGUGCCCAACCUGCACUGGAUCCUGGUGGAGGACUCGCAGCGGCGCACUCCUCUUGUCACCCGGCUGCUGCGGGACACGGGGCUGAACUACACCCACCUGAAUGUGGAGACACCCCGCAACUACAAGCUGCGGGGAGACAUGAGGGACCCCCGGAUCCCCCGCGGGACCAUGCAGAGGAACCUGGCCCUGCGGUGGCUGAGAGAGACCUUUAACAAAAACAGCAGCCAACCUGGGAUUGUUUACUUCGCUGACGACGAUAACACCUACAGCCUGGAGCUCUUCGAGGAGAUGCGCACCACCAGGAAGGUGUCGGUGUGGCCGGUGGCCUUUGUGGGCGGCUUGCGUUACGAGUCACCCAAGGUGAAUGCAGCGGGGAAGGUGUAUGGCUGGAAGACUGUUUUCGACCCCCACCGCCCGUUUGCCAUUGACAUGGCGGGCUUUGCCGUGAACCUCAGGCUGAUACUCCAGCGAUCUCAGGCUUACUUCAAACUGCGAGGAGUGAAGGGUGGUUACCAAGAGAGCAGCCUUCUCCGGGAACUAGUGACCUUGAAUGACCUUGAGCCGAAAGCUGCCAAUUGCACUAAGAUUUUAGUUUGGCACACAAGGACGGAAAAACCUGUGCUCGUGAACGAGGGAAAGAAAGGCUUCACAGAUCCCAACGUGGAAAUCUGA